UAUAACUCGCGCAUUGAUCCACUGUGCACUGUUUGUGGGGGUAAAUAUAAUCACGUGUUGGUGAGGGAGCCAAUAGCAGCUUGAGAAGCUUUGAGAAAUAAUUACCUGCCUUGAUUGUUCUAUGGGUAGAUAAAAAAGUACACAUACACUCCAUAUAAUAAUCGGAUGCAUGUAAAAGAGACGGGGAGCUUCGACAUGUCGACCACGGGUCCCAUAAGUAAUUACUAUGUGGAUUCUUUGAUCAACCAUGAAUCUGAGGAUGUUCUUGCGGCACGAUUCGCAGCUCCUGGUUCGCACCCCACCGGCCCUCGACCGUCGUCUCUUGUACCGGAGUGUGGAGACUAUCCCUCCUGUAGCUUCGCCCCGAAACCACCCGUUUUUACUACCUCUUGGGCCCCUGUUCACACCCAGUCCUCAGUGGUGUACCAUCCAUACAGUCAUCAACCUCAUUUAGGCACAGACUCGAGGUAUGUGCGGUCGUGGCUGGAGCCGAUCUCCGCUGCCAUGCCCUUCCAUGGCUAUCCAACGAAUAGCAGACACUAUGGACUGAAGCCCGAUGCCUUCCAGGAGCACAGAGCCGGCGACUGCUUGAGCUCCAACGGACGCACCUAUACGGAGUAUCUGUACUGCCCAUCCGCUGACAUCCGAGAAAAGACACAGCAAAACAUCCCUUCUCCCGAGUCGGAGCUCCUGCCCUCCGGGAAGCAUAAAGACGAUAAGCCAGAACUAGAUCCGAAUAAUCCAGUCGCUAACUGGAUACACGCACGGUCAACAAGAAAGAAGAGAUGCCCCUACACAAAAUACCAGACUCUCGAACUCGAAAAGGAAUUUUUGUUCAAUAUGUAUCUUACCAGAGACCGCCGGUACGAGGUUGCCAGAGUCCUAAACUUAACAGAGCGCCAAGUUAAAAUAUGGUUCCAAAACCGGCGGAUGAAGAUGAAGAAAAUGAAUAAGGAAAAAUCUGACAGCAAAGAACAGUAAAUGUGGCCCAGCUGCAGUAGUAAUGGACAGAAUCAGACAACCAUGCUAACCACUAUUGACAACAUGGACAACAAAGAUAAACCAAAAUAGACCAUGUUCUUUUCACAUUUGUCUCUGUCAUCUAUUUUGUAUUAAUCCGAAUAUCUGUUUAAUGCCGACUUUUUUGUGCACCUUACUUUGUUCAUUUUUGAAAAUGUAAGGAAACUUCAUCAGUAACUUAGAAGAUUAAUCGAUUAUUGGGAUAACAUGGCCUACGUAACAUACGAGACCAUCUUGGAGUAUAGGUCGAAGUCUAAUUAAGGAACUACCCAAGCCACAAGAAAGAAGAUACUUCAAAUCUUUUGAAUUUCAUCAGUCCAUAAUUUAUGAUGUCCCUGUGAAUGUCUUUUUAUGUUUAUUGUAUGUUGUGCAGGUGUUGCAUUUUGAACAGAAACAGCACAUCUGCUACCUGAAAAAGUCUGUCUUUUGUCUAUGUGAUAACGUAGUUGUUGUUGUACACUAUUAUGUGCAUUUCACGUUAUUUUGAUUGUAUAGUUUCAUUUAGAGUGUAGUUAUGGGCCCACUCAAAUAUAUACAAACAUAAUCAGUCACCUGUGUUUUCUCACUUCUUUCCAUUUAAGGUUUGUCAACUUUAUAAUAGACCUAUCGUGCUGCAAUGUAACCUAUGUGAACAAAGAUUUUGACUUUGAGCUCCAGAGACAAAUUACUGACCCAAAUAGGGAAUAUUGACAGCAAGCGGGAGUUUUCAGAAUGCAACGAAAACUGCUGAGUGUCAAUUAGGUCGCUAAUACGUUGACACUUAGCAGUGAUUAUUCAUAUUAUGAUGCCUAGAGAAGACAAUUGCUACAAAGUAGCUCAAUAAUUCAUGUUCCAGGUAUGCACAUGCAACACUGAAGAUUUCGACACUAUGGGCAUUUAUUGUCUAUGUAUAGCCUAGGUUUUAAAGCACACGUUGCCGCUGAAGAAAGUACCCACAUAGGCCUACAUUGGUGGCCUAAUGUACACUAGGCCUAAAGCAAAAUAAAGGUCUACGCUAUCAAAUAAAUCCAACAAUAGACAUAAAUUGAUUUACCCCAAAGUUGUGUGUUUGGCCAUUGUCAAAUUGUCAAACUGUAUUUUUCAGAAUCACUUUGCUGUAGGUCUUUCAGUAAUAAUUGUAUUCAAGUCUACGUGUCUUAAUUCUAAAAGUAACCUAUCAAAGAUGGGUGUUUGUCAAUGAAUGUGUGUAAACUGCCUAAAUUCAAAGAGCGUGAAUGAAAUAUCCCUCUCAAAUUGAUAUCACAUUAUUUUAACG